AUGCUCGCUACUCCGUGUCUCUCGAUGAAGACUGAUGAUCUUAGCCUACAGCGAUCAAUUGAAUCAGCCCAACCUUCCAUCGACCAUGGCCGAGAUGAGGACCCUGCGACAACGCGAAGCUCACAAGAACCUGCGAUUGAACUUCCAUUAACACCUCCCACUGCAAGACAAUCUCCCUAUGCACAUAUAAAAGACGCGCAGCUACCAGACUCAGUCAUAUCGGAGGGUAUUGCGCUUUACUUUUCAGAGUUUUGCAACCAGCCAUGUCCCAUCCUGGCUUCCUCUCAGACCCUCGAGUCUAGUGAAGAUGACUUGUUACCUCCGAUGAUUCUAUAUGCUAUGCUCGCUCUGAGUUUACGCUCAUCCCGGCAUCCGUUUCUCAGCAACAGAUCCGAAAGAAUGAGAUGUAUAGCGAGAAUGACAAAACUUUCGUGGAAUCUUAUCGCAAAGGCAUACUGUGACUUUGCGAUUGAUGACGUAUACUUCCAGGCGCUUUGUCUCCAAGUCCAGGUGGAUUCGGGAGACGGGAGACUAGAGAGAGCGCGAGCACAAGUGGCGUUAGGAUUGCGAGUUGCGCAAGCCCGUGAUAUGUUGAGUGCGGAUUCGCUCUGCGGCCCUGAGCUUGCCGAUCGAGCUCGCCGGCAGGAAAUUAUCUGGUCACUUUUCAUGUUAGACCGAAUGCUUCUUGGAGGAAACACAAGGAACCCUUCGACCCCUACCACAGCCUUCGAGCUUCCGGUGAUCCAAAGCGGACCUUUCCACCCAGAUAUUCGAACGCAACCACCUGAGCAUGAUAUCUCAUUGCAAUGUGUGGAUUCAGAUGCGCCCCUCCCGCCGCAGAGUGUCACCUGUCUACAAAUACAGACGAUCAGGAUCUGGGAGUGCGUCAUCGAUUACAUUGCACAGCCCCCUUCGGAUACCGAUGUGCCUCUUUGGAGACAUGACUCUCCUAGAGCCGCCAUCUUGACAAAACUUCUGGAUAUUGAAAUGAGAUCGCCCGCUCGAGUGCUAGAUGAGCCACAUCUGAAAAAUUAUUUUGUGGUAUGGUUGCGAUUUCAACUGACGCUAUCUGUCGUGAACUGCACCUUAAAUCAUCCUUUCAUGAUACACAUCAAAACAGUACGACUCAAGCAGAAGAUUCCUUUGACCUUCUUACAAAAGUCUUAUGAGUUCUCUUUGAUACAUGCCAAUUGGGUCGUUAGGCUACUGAGUCAUAUGGAUGAAGCCAAAUUGAUGCUUCACGACCCCUUUCUUGGUCACUUGGUCGCAAUUGCAGCAUCGAUACACCUGGAACAUACCAAGAGCCAGUAUCCAACUGUAGCUGCGUCUGCGAAACAGAAAUUCGAAAAAUGCUUGGACUUUGUGAAAAGACUCUCGCAAGAGUGGCCGCGAAUGCAAGUCAGUGCUUCCCUUCUCGAGCAGCUGAAGGCAAGGAUCCCUUACCGUUCAAUUUUAAACUAUAUUGAGGAAGAAUACGAUGGUGCAGCCCCACCAGAAGGAGCCAACCAAGUACACCUUGAGGAAGAAGACUUGCUAUUGCUGUGGAGAUUGUUCGACUACACAUUGACAUCGCCUAAGUCAAACUCAGAGUGUGCUUUUGACGAGCAGUCUAAUACCGCUAUGCACAGCGUACCACCGCUCUUCAACGCUUCGUCGAAUUUUGCAAAUAAUCAAUCGUCUAUCAAUCCGAGUCCGAGUUCAUCUGCUGGUAUGUUGAUUCAGACAACCAGCGCAGGACUGGAAGACAUUGCAUUUCAGGCGUACGGUGACACAUCUGUAUCCGGCGGAACUGCGUUCAACUACUUUCCUGACGAUAUCGAUUCACUUCAUCCGCAAUAG